ACAGAAAAAAAAACAGCGAAAUUUUCUACACCAAAGCUUGGGCUGGUAACACAACAUGAAUAAAAUUUAGUUCGGUGCCGGAGCCGUGAUCGAGCGGUCGUGUGUUACUGACUCACCGGAUUUUAACGAUACCGAUUCGCCGCUAAACGACAACCCUUGCAUAGCGAUGACAACAAACAAUAGUGACGAUACCGAAAACAGAACAAUGGUGUAACUAACGGGUAUCGAUAAAGUUCGCGAAUAAAAAAUAUCGUCUCAAAUAAAUCGAAUUAAAUACAUACUUAUAGUGUUGUUAAAGUAAACGGUUCUGUUUUGGUGUUGGUUAUAAAAAAUAAAUUAUUCCGUCUACAUUAGUGAUGGGAAUUGUUUUGUUCUGAAAAUGUUGGCCGUGAAGAAUUUUUUUAUGCCCGAUAAAAGGGUGGACUCGCCUCGCUUCUCGCGGAUGCCGGAGGCUCUCAUGAGGUCUAUAAGAAGACGUUCAUUGAGAGUCAAGAGAACGAAAUCUCUGGUGCUGGUUAAUGAGAAACGGAAAUCUGAUUCUUUUGUAAACAGUCAAGAAUGGACGGCAGCAAGGGGCGUCACAGAGUUAAGAGUCGGUGUUUUGGGAUCACCCGAUAGUGGAAAAUCAGCCUUAGUGCAUCGAUACCUAACUGGAGCUUACAUGCAAGAAGAAAGCCCUGAAGGAGGUCGCUUCAAGAAGGAAGUCAUCAUAGACGGUCACAGCUAUCUCCUGCUGAUCAGAGAUGAAGGCGGACCACCAGAGAUGCAGUUCACCGCGUGGGUUGACGCGGUAAUCUUCGUCUUUAGCUUGGAGAACGAGAUCAGCUACAACACAAUAUCUAGUUACUUCAAUAAAAUGUCCCAUUAUAGGAAUUCAGCAGAAAUUCCAAUCAUAUUGGUUGGAACCCAAGAUGCCAUAAGUGAAAGUAGUCCACGUGUAGUAGACGACAACCGCGCUCGCAAGCUGUCCAAUGAACUACGAAGAUGUUCAUACUACGAGACAUGUGCUACCUAUGGCUUAAAUGUGGAGCGAGUGUUUCAAGAUGCGUGUCAGAAGAUCGUCGGGACUAGGCUCUCGGCGUCAUCCCAGUGCCUCUCCGGGGGCUCGCGUCCGGCAACUCCGCAACCUCUUGCUAAUUCACCCAGCCACAAUCAUACAUCGUUUUUAUAUAAGGAUUCAUUACCACGGGGCCAUCACACGCUCUCUGCGUCAUCUCAUCACCUACAUCGAGGAGCUUCCUCAUUUGACGCCUCAUCAAACAGCAGCGGCAUCUCGUCCACGCACGUCGUCGAGAUCCACAGCACCAACGGUUCCGAUACGUCAUCACGAUGGGGCAACUCUCUCGGCAGCCACGGAUCGUCUUCUGGCUUGGUUUCCAUAGCAACGGAGAAUAACAACGUUAAAUACACGGCCCGGCACUGUUUGGACGAUCUGCAGCCGCUGAAAGACCCCAAAGACCUGCCCACACCGUCUUCAACUCCCACAACCUCGAGGAAAACCAGGAGAAGAUCGAAUCUCUUCACGCCGUCGAAGAAGGGUGAUGAUAGAUUGAAAAACGGAGAGCUAGGCUCAGGGAGGGCGAUACCGUUGAAACAGGGAUACUUGUACAAGAAAAGCAGUAAGGCUCUGAACAAAGAGUGGAAGAAAAAGUAUGUGACUCUGUGUGAUGAUGGGAGAUUGACCUACCAUCCCAGCUUACAUGACUACAUGGAAGAUGUCAAUGGAAAAGAGAUAUCUCUUCAGUAUGUGACAGUGAAAGUCCCAGGACAGAAACCACGAGGUUCCAAGUCCAUCAUUACCACAGUACCGGGAUACAACGGAUACAGCAGUCUGGAUAUACACGACAGCAUCAGUGGACUCUCUCUUGGGUAUAAAGAAAAACGGGCCACAGACAAAGCGCUCAUGUCGGCGUUUGAGACGAUGAAGGAGCCAGCCUCGAGCCGGCAGUCGCUCGCCUCAGAGCUGGACGUGGGCUCCACCAACGGAGCCGACAAGGAUACUCCGCAUGUGAAGAAACGACACCGCCGAAUGAAAAGCACCGGCCUCAAGAAGGACGGAGACGAAGAGGGGGAGUGCGGCACGUCGUGCGAGUUCACGAUCGUGAGUCUGGACGGCAAGCGGUGGCGCUGGGAGGUGUGCGGCGCGGGGGGCGCGGGGGCCGCGGCCGCCGCCGAGCGGGACGCCUGGGUCGCCGCCGUUGAAGCUCAGAUCCUCGCCUCCCUACAGGGCAGGACGUCGCGCCAGCCGCUGCCCACGGGCGCCAACACCACGGGCGACGUGCGCGCCACGCGCUACGUGCGCCGCGUCGCCGGCAACCACCAGUGCUGCGACUGCGGCGCCCCAGAUCCGGACUGGGCGAGUCUGAACCUCGGCGUGCUGAUCUGCAUAGAGUGCUCCGGGGUACACCGCAACCUCGGCUCCCACAUAUCGCGAGUGCGCUCGCUGGACCUGGACGAAUGGCCGUUGAGUCACGUCAGCGUCAUGGUGUCGAUCGGUAACGCUUUAGCCAAUUCAAUAUGGGAGGCCGACCUCCGGGGACACGUGAAACCGGUUGCGACUUCCUCCCGGGAAGAGAAGGAGCGAUGGAUCCGCCUGAAGUACGAGCGGCGGCAGUUCUACAGCGCGACGGAGGCGGCGGGCGGGCUGGAGGCGCUGAAGGCGGCGGGCGCGCGCGGCGCCGUGGGGCAGCUCGUGCGCCUGCUGGCCGCGCCCCCGCCCCGCGCGCCCGCCCCGCACGAGCGCGCGCUGGCGCUGCGGGCCGCCGUCGCCGCCGGGCACCUCGCCGCCGCGCAGCUGCUCAUAUGGCACAACGGCAACCCGAACUUCCCGGACGCGGACGGGCACACGUGCGUGUUCUACGCGCGCGCGGCCGCCAACCACCUAUCGGGCAUCCCCACCCAGUACCCGCGGAACUUGCAGCUGACGUGCCCUCUGCACCCGACGCCGCCCUCCAACGCGUCCAGCUCCUCGUCCGCUUCGAGCUCCAAGAGCCUCAAGAGCCCGGAGCCGGAGUGCAACUGCAUCAUCUUCGAACUCCUGAACGCCCAGAGCGCCAGCAACGCGCUGGUCGAGCUGCUGAUCGGCCUCCAGAACAACCACUACACGAACGGCUACGAUUCGAAUCUAGUGUACGCCCACAACACGCUCGGCCGCCCGACCCUGAGCCAAAAUCUCUCGUUGACCAACGGGAAGUGCGGGAGCAUCGUCUAAACCAGCCUUUCCCAAAGUGGGCGAUAACGCCCCCCUGUGGGCGCUGCAGGCCUAAAGGGGGGCAGUAAGACACCCAGAAAACAAAAUGAGGGCGUUGUGUAGAGGCUUGGGAGGCGAUUUGUGAUUUCAUCUAGGACUCUUAGACACCGAAUGAGGUAUAGUGGUUUUUAAGUAGGUUAAAAAAGGGGGGCGCUAAAAAAUAAUUUAUUCUCAAAGUGGGCAGUAGACAAAAUAAGUUUGGGAAUCCCUGGUCUAAACUGAACGCUCCGUGAACGUGAUAAAGUCGAAUUUGGCUUGUGAUAUUGAGGAUUUUUUAAAUUUACCGCUGCGAAUUUGGACUUGUCGGUUUAAGUAAUGAAAUGUAAAUUGGCUCGAAGUGGAAUUUUGUAUCGUCGUUUUUGAGGAUCACUGAACGCUUAAUCGAAAUUCCGAGUUUUUUCGUAUUGAAAUUAUUCUCAACAUUAAUAAAAAAUCGACGUUAUUCAUUUGAGUUAAGGUCCAUUUGAAUCACGGAGGUAAAUAUAUAAUACGGAUACGUUUUAAAUCGUACGUUGUAUAGUUUCCGUGCGCAGCCGUGUGCGAUGAUGUUGUCGUAUUGUAUAAAGUUUAAUUUGUAAUUUUGAUUAUUCUGUUUGUGACAGAAAAAUUCGUUCUGGAACAUUCGUUUUUAAUAAUUUUUAAUUGAGUGACAAGACAGAUCCGUGUCACUUCUAUCGCGUUUGUGGCUCUGCGCCGUGAGCGUCUGGUUGUAGGGGCCGCAGGUUUGAGUCUGGACACCGGCUCGCUCUACUUUCAAUCGUAUUGCGUUGCAGUAUUGCGGAAAAUGUGGAACAUGACUAAGACGUCUCUAAAAAUGUUUUCUGGACUUUUUUAUUUUUUAGUUUUUAAAUUCAAAGAUAGAACAGUUACCCCGACCCCCACCUAAUUUAUAUAUAUAUAUACUUUUUAAUAAUUGUAAAUAACUCUCUAAUACUAUUUUUACUAGACGAAAAAAGAAAAAAAAAACUUUUAAAUUUUAUGACAAAAUUACAAUUGAAAACUUUUUAGUAAAAAUGUUUUUGAAUUAAAAAAAAUAUAAUUACGUUUCGUCAAUUUAAAAGUUAAUUAAAAUUUUAAAUAUCCGUAUACAAAAUAUAUAUAAAUGAUUGUUUUUAAAUAUAAAUUUAUUUCGUAUUUCCUUUUUUUAUUAAUUGAUAGUUCAAAUAUUAAUUAGUUCGGUAAAUAGAUAUUUGUUAGUUACGAAAUUAGUACUUAGAAAAUUUUAUAGUGAAUUCACAAUGACAUGUUCUAUAAUGAUGCGUGGAUUUUUUCAAAUGAACACAAUUAAUUUUCUUAUUAUAUGUACUUUUAAUGCUUUUAUUUAUUUACAGAACAGUAAUUUAGAAGUGACCAUAGAUCGUAAAUUUGUAGUGAGAAUAUGUAAUUCACGACUAUAUAUUUUUACUUUUAUUAUACAAAAGUUUUUGGAUAUCUUGCAAAAAUCAUGGACAUCCUAUCGUAAUCAUUGCUCAGAUAUUAUGAGAAGUAGAAGUAAGGAGAGCCAUCUUCUAUAGGAGACAAAUUGAGAAAGUAUCUACCUGUAAACAGAAGGUUAUUGUAGGAAAGCUCCACCGAAAUAGCGCUAGUGUAGAAAAUGGAAAUGAUAUGAAUAUAGCAAAACUUAUUAUUACUGGUGGUAGGACCUCUUGUGAGUCUGCGCGGAUAGGCACCACCGCCCUGCCUAUUUCUGCCGUGAAGCAGUAAUGCGUUUCGGUUUGAAGGACGGGGCAGCCGUUGUAACUAUACUGAGAUCUUAAACUUAUAUCUCAAGGUGGAUGGCGCAUUUAUGCCGUAGAUGUCUAUGGGCUCCAGUAACCAUUUCACACCAGGUGGGCUGUGAGCUCGUCCACCCAUUUAAGCAAUAAAAAAAAUGAACUCACUGAAGUGUGCUGAUUUGAAAAAUUUUAUAGUUUUCGUUGUAGUUAAAAAAAUAUGCAGUAUUUAUAUAGGAAGUGUUUCUUUCUUUCUUAAUUUAAUUUAUUACUCUAAUAGUUAUGGCGCUGUUUUUAAAAUCCUUCCACUUGCUACUGUGGCGCCAUCUUAAUUGGCUCCUUUUCAGCGGACACGUUUUAAUACACUGAGACCGUGCUCCUUACUGAGACUUGGCGGGAACGCGAGGAGUGAAGUUGUGUGAUUUGUUUUAUUUUGUCUAUUUAGUGUUUCUUCAGGUUUAAAUGUGUAAUAACGGUGGCUUAUUAACUGUUUAGUAUCUGUUAAAGUGCACAAAUGUGGGAAAAUCAAUCAAAGCCUCUGAACGUAACUUCUCGGGAUCCACCAAAAAGUCCACUGAAAAAGUCUCAGUAAAUGACCACCAUUUUACUGAGAUUACAUUUCAUACCAUACCAUAUCAUUUCAUUUCUUUAUUUAUUAAAAUUAGACUUGACCUAAAGGUCUUAGUUACCAGGUCAUAAAAUCCCUUAAAAAAAAGUGCUCCUUACUUCUACCCUCCAUACCAAUAAUUUAAACUGCACGUGGAGAUAUUGACAAGCGAGUUUAUUGCGAGAUUUACGAAGGGCGAUUGUAUUGGCAGUAGUCCGCGCGGACCGGUACCGUUGUCCUACUCGUGUCGGCCGCGAAGCCAACGUGCGCUAUUGUUUGAAGCUUGAGUGGUAGAGUGGCUUGAGAGGUUGGUGGCCGCAUUCAUGUUGACUAGGGACGAAACGAUUAUCAUUUAGCGAUUACGAUAUCGAUUUUAUUUUUAAUGAAAUAAUCGAUAAACCUUUUAAGCAUUAUCGAUAAAAAAGCAUAAUGUAAUUUUGAUAUAAUUUUUUGUUUCGUAUACAACAUUUAUCGAUUUCAGGGCCGCGAUCUGGGAAUGUUUAAUUCGUUUCUUCGUCGUCUUCAUCAAUAAAAAUGAAAGAUUGUGUCAUAUUGAUAAAACUGCCGAAUAUAAUUGCUGUUUUGUGGGAAUUUUUUUUCAUAUAUCGAGGAUUGAAAGCCUAGUUCGUUUAAUAGAAAUUUUUGCAACAUUACAGGAGUAAUGUUAACUAAUAAAUAACUCUCCUGAGCCAUGUAAAGUUUAAAAUUUGGAAACAAUAUUAUCACAACAAAAAAAAUACUUCUUCAGCUAAUUGAAUGAAGUAAACUUAAUUGAAGUUCAAUUAAAAACAUCGAACUAUUGAUGCUAAUACAAAAUAAAACACACGUUUAAUUACAAAGAUAAAUGUCGUAUAUCAAGCGAAAUGUCGCUUAAACCAAUUAAUAGCACCCUCGAUAUAUAUUUUGAUAAUUAUAUACACAGAAAUCGUCGAAUAAAACCAAAAUAUCCUUAAUAGAAAUUGGUUUUCGAUAAAGACGAAGAAAACUAAAUUACAAGCCUGCAGAAUUAUAUUCUGCGUAAUUACUGGUGGUAGGUUCUUUAAGGUCAUAUGCGGUCAAUCGUCAUGCAAACGUAUAAUCUGUGACAGAAGUCGUCAAUUAAAACCAAAAUAUCCUUAAUAGAAAUUUGUUUACGAUAAAGACGAAGAAAACUAAAUUACAAGCCUGCAGAAUUAUAUUCUGCGUAAUUGCUGGUUGGUUCUUUAAGGUCUUACGCGGUCAAUCGUCAUGCGAACGUAUAUAAUCUGUGGUAAGCUCGUACAUUUUUGGCCCCACGUGACGUCACCUGUAAUGAAUUUGCUCUCUGCGAAGCUUUGUAAAAUUUAUGUCCGAGUUUCGAAUGGCUCCUGGUUUUUAAACAACACGACAUUUUACGAUUAGUUUGUUAUCUCUUUGCGUUUCGUAAGAUGUCGUAUGGGAAGUCCAGAAUUAUAAUCGAAAAAAAAAAGAAAAUGUUUCUAGAAUUAUGUUGUUGAGAGUGGCAGAUCUUACUUUUAAUUUUUAUCAAAUUCUGUUGUUUAUUUUGGUAAAGUUUUGUUUACGUAACGUUUUUAACUUUUGUUUGUUUGAAUAAAAACACAGAUGAAUUUUAUUUAGGUAUACAUAAAUUAUUAGUAGGUGCAAGAUCUCAGCUCAAUGUUAUUUUGUAGGAUAAAAUUUUAUAGGUUUAAAUAAAUAUGAAACUUAAUUAGUGUUAAACUAUUGUCGCUUUAUCCUUGUUGCACGGGCGGAAAUGCAAUUUAUUCGUUUAAAAAUAAUAAUCAAAGUAUGUACGUUAAUAUAUAUAAACAUUAUUAUUAUUAUUGUUCGAUCUAUAGUAUCAAAGCAGAACUUUAGAAGUUAAAGAAAGACAUUCCAUUGUUUCGGUUUUUAUUUAUUUAUUUAUAUAUUAUAUAUUUUUAGCAUCGUUCGCUCGAUGCACGUGAAUAGUUGUUGUGAUAAAGUCGUCCCCGCAAUAAGCCAAAUGUACUGAACCCUUCUGUGCCUACUUAGGUAGUUUUUGCUUCACGAUAACCUAUCGAUAGUUCUAGAUUUAGUACGUCUCACUCUCGAACUAUUUAAAGGCUGUUUUUUGGAAUACGUGUUAUAUAUACGCGCAUGUUAGAGAGCACGCGGUCAUAGGAAUUAGUAUUUUGUUCGUCGUUAAUUGCUGGUACUUCAAUUGGUAUUUAAUAUCAUCGAAAUUAAGAAGCUUAAAGUGCGAUAUAGAAUAUUUGUAAAUGAGACUUAAUAAUAAAUCUAAUAUUGUGCAGGUAAUCUGUGUGAAAAUUUAAAGGUUUUUUUUUUUUAAAUUAUUGUUCUAAAAUUUAUAGCAUAGAAUUUGAAGUACCGUGAAUUAGAUUUUUUUUUUUGUGUUUUGUGAUUUUGAAAUCUAUUAACAUUCGCACUGUGGUCAAAGCAAAAUCAUCUUAAUCUUAGUAAGCAUAGAAUUGAUUUUGCCACGUUAAAAUAUGAUAUUUUUUUGUCAAUAAUACCAAAUGAAGGGCCGGCAUUAUAAAUUAAUAACAUAUUUCAUGAUUACACACACGACCGAAAUAGUUCAGUUUGUGUGUUAUCAAAAUAAUUAAAACAUUUCAAAUUGGUAUCGAUUGUCAAUCAUUUGCAUUUAAAUAAUCAAGGCGUUUUUUUACUGGAUAUUUCUAUUCAAGGCAGCAUUUGUAGUUUGACUAUUCAAACUACGUAACAGUACAAUGAAGACGAAAAUAUUUUAGUUUCCAAUGUACUCUGAUAAUAACGGGUUGAUUAUUCAAAUGUCCCAAUAAACAUUAGUGUUCGUGUCUGUCUCUUUCUAUGUUUCGCUCAUCGAGUUAAAAAGACAGAGUCCGAGCUAAUUUUGAAAUGUUUCAAUUGAAACCUUUCGUUUGUCGCUCAGCUCUUGACGAAGGCAGUUACAGUUGUUUGUUUUAUUAUUAUUAACUUUUAAUUAACGUUACCCCAGUAUGCUUUUUGAUUAUUAUUAUUAUUAUUAUUAUUAUUAUGUUUUGUAUAUUUUGUUUGUGUACAGGCCAAAGAGCUUAAAUAAUCUAUGUAAAUACAUGAGUCGCGUGUCAACGAUGUUUAAAUGCGUAAUAUUUUUUAGUAUUUCGUUGUUGUAAUCUUAAGAUUUGUUGAUGUUCUUGAUCUUGCGAAAAUAAAGAUGUAAUACGGA